UGAACUCCACUCUGACAUGUUCCUCUCGCAUUCAGCUACCCUGUCUUUCAGUGAGAUUAAAUAGUACCUGAUAGUCGGAGGGGUGUGUCCACGGAUGUCUUGAGGCCAGUGUCUGAGGGAAGUCGACGGCAGAUACAAGGACGGCGCAAACUCCACAGAUCCCCACAGUCAAGCCAGGAAGGAUGGAGAAAAACACAUUCCUGAUCCUUGAGAACUUCAUCGGAGGAAAGUUUGUCCCUUGCCCGGCUCACAUUGACUCCUAUGACCCGUCCACAGGCGAGGUGUACUGCAAAGUGCCGGACAGCGGCGAGGAAGAGGUGGAUGCGGCGGUGCAGGCAGCCAAGGAAGCCUUCCCGGGCUGGUCCGCUCGCAGUCCAGACCAAAGAGCUCAGGUCCUCAACAAGCUGGCUGACCUGAUCGAAGGCCAUCUAGAAGAGUUUGCUCAAGCUGAGUCCAGAGACCAAGGUAAAACGGUGACGUUUGCACGCACAGUGGACAUUCCACGCUCCGCGUACAACUUCCGCUUCUUCGCCUCGUCCGUGCUGCACCACACCACCGACUGCCACCAGAUGGACCACGUGGGCUGCCUCAACUACACCGUGCGCUGCCCCGUGGGAGUGGCGGGUCUGAUCAGCCCGUGGAAUCUUCCACUAUACCUCCUGACGUGGAAAAUUGCACCCGCCAUCGCUGCGGGCAACACGGUGGUCGCCAAACCCAGUGAGAUGAGCUCGGUGACUGCCUGGAUGAUGUGCAAGCUGAUGCAGGAGGCUGGUAGGAGCACAUGCGAUACUUUUAGGAGGGGUACACACAAGAUGAUGCAGCAUGCUGGUGUUCCUUCGGGCGUGGUCAACAUCGUAUUCGGACUCGGCUCCCGUGCAGGCGAUGCCCUCGUAGGCCACCCGGAAGUCCCCUUGAUCUCCUUCACGGGGUCUACCGCCACUGCCCGGCACAUCACGGAGCGUAGCGCCCCCUACUGUAAGAAGUUGUCGCUGGAACUCGGCGGCAAAAACCCAGCCCUGGUCUUCGCCGACGCGGACCUGGACCGAUGCAUAGAAACCACGGUGCGUUCCAGCUUCUCCAACCAGGGAGAAAUCUGCCUGUGCACCAGCAGAAUUUAUGUCGAGAGGAGCAUCUACGCCACGUUCUUGGAGAAGUUUGUGGCAGCCGCCAGGAAGUGGAAGACGGGCGUGCCCUCUGACCCUUGCAACAAAAAUGGUGCUCUCAUCAGCAAAGAGCACCUGGAGAAGGUCCGUAGCUUUGUCGCUCUGGCCAAAUCUGAGGGCGCCACUGUGCACUGCGGCGAAGGCAUUAACCACCCGGACCUCCCGAAGCGCAACAUCAACGGCUACUUCAUGGCCGCCACCGUCAUCUCGGGCGUGGCUGACAGCUCCCGCGUCAUGCAGGACGAGAUCUUUGGCCCCGUCACCUGCGUCAGCCCCUUCGACGGCGAGGACGAGGCGGUCGCCAAGGCUAACGGGGUGCGCUACGGGCUGGCAGCCACGGUGUGGUCCCGGGACGUGGGGAAGGUUCAUCGGGUGGCCAGGAGGCUUCAGACAGGCCUGGUGUGGACCAACUGCUGGCUGGUGAGAGAUCUCAACCUGCCAUUUGGGGGGAUGAAGAACUCUGGCGUCGGCAGGGAAGGAGGGAGGGACUCCUAUCACUUCUUCACUGAGGUGAAGACCGUCACCAUCCAACACUGAAGCAAAGACACCAUUAUGCAGGAGGUUUUGAAGAUUAUGGUAUGGUGAGUGUGGCUCUGCACCUGUCUGUAAGAGUCAAGCUCCUCCCUCUUCUACCCAAAUUGACGCAACAUUUGGAAGUCAGUGGCCCCUUUUUUUCUUUUUAAGCUGAAAAAGGAUGAAAAGUCAUAGCACAUAAUAAAUCCCAUUUUAAUAGGAUGUAGUGCACUUUCAUACCACUGUAGAACGCUAUUGUCAUUCAUGUCAAUGCCGAGAUGGGUUAAAGCAGGGGUGUCAGGCCCGCGAACAGGUUUUAUCCGGCCCGCGGGUUGAGUUUGCUAAGUAUAAAAAUUAACCUGAAAUGUUUGAAUGAAAGAAACUGCUGUUAUAAAUGUGUCCACUGGAUGUCGCAAUAGCAGUUCCUUGUAUCUUUGUAGAUGAUGCUACAUAUGUACAGAAUAAACCACAUGAUAUUAGUACAUCAGUCGAGGAAAAUGAUCAAACUACAUAAAUAACAUCCUGCAACUGGAUUUUGAUAGAAUUUUCUUUAUCUUGAUAGAUUGAAAAUGAACACCAAUGAGUUGACUGAUGAACAUUAUGACAAAAACUUUGAAUUCUGGCAGUGUUGUAAUAAAAGUUGUAAUUUACUCAACGCAAGUCAACAUUUUACAACAAAAACUGAACAUUUGUGCAAUAUUAUGAUAAAAGUUGGAAUUUAACUCAAUAACUGUCACAAUUUAACAAUAAAAGCUUAACAUUUUGGCAAGUUUAUGAAAAGAGUCAUCAUUUUACUCAACAAAAAAAUCACAAUAUUAUAGGAAAACUUAAAAAUAUUGGCAUUAUUAUAAUAUCAUCAUAAUUUUGAUUGGCAAAUUUAAGACAAAAGUCACAAUUUGACCUAAAAAAACAAAAAAAUUGGCAAUGUUGUGAUUAAAGUCAGAUUUGUACAUGACAAAUGUUACCAUUUUGCAUUAAAAAGUAAUAACUUUACAUAAAAAAAGUAAUCAUUUUCGGAGAAAAUAUUGCAAUGUAACAGAAACAGAAAGAAUAUGACAUUAUCAUAUAAUAAUAAAUAACAACAGAUGAAGCUAAAAAACUCUUAACCGCAACAGGUAAUUAUAAAAAAAAAACAACAUUGCGAUUUGUACAUUUUCAGAAUGUGCUUGUUCUAUUUUCAAACAAAGAAAACAAUCUGAAGUUGUCUUUAUUUUUAAGUUAUCGUGCCGUGAUUUUACCAGUCUGGCCCACUAAGGAGUAGAUUUUUCUUCUUGUGUCCCCUGAGCUAAAGUGAGUUUGACACCCCUGGGUUAAAGUGUCCAUCCAUCCAUUUGUAUAUGGAAAAAUUAAAAUGUAUCUGAACUAA